UUCACCAUCACCAAGUCCUGGAAACCCAGAAAUGCUUGGAUAGACCACAGAACUUAAAGAUGCUGGGGGAGGAUUGAAUACCCCACAAUCUCAGCUCCCUUUAUAGUAAUGUUAGGAAUCCCUCACUACGUGAUAAGCUUCUUAUUAACGAUACGGACAUGGUGCAUGCGCAGUGGAAAGCCGCAUCAGCAAGUAGCGCAUGCUCGGUUUAUUCUGUAUUGGGAACGCGCUUUUGAGAGGCACAGAGAGGAUGUGGGACCAUCAGACAAUGCAGAACACUGAAGUAGGGCUUAGGAGGAGUCGGCAGCAAAACGCUCAAGUACAAAACAGUAGAAGAAAAGAAGAAACUAUCUGUCCCUCUCAGGUGAAGAAGCAGACUGUCCAAGGGGAAAACGGGAUACUGUACAGUCUCAUAAAUACAUUAUGGCACAACUGAAUGUAAGAAGAUACAUUCGAGCGUUUGUCAGUGGUUUUUUUGUAGCUGUUCCAGUUACAGUAACUUUUCUAGAUCGAGUGGCAUGCAUCGCUAGAGUAGAAGGUGUUUCAAUGCAACCAUCAUUAAAUCCACAUGGAAGAAAUGGAUCUGAUGUGGUGGUUUUAAAUCGUUGGAGCGUUAGGAAUUAUGAAGUUCACCGUGGUGACAUAGUAUCUCUAAUGUCUCCAAAGAACCCAGAGCAAAAGAUCAUAAAAAGAGUAAUUGCUCUUGAAGGAGAUAUUAUAAAGACAAUUGGGCACAAGAAACGAUUUGUCAAAGUUCCAAGUGGCCAUAUAUGGGUGGAAGGUGAUAAUCGUGGACACAGUUUUGACAGUAAUGCUUUUGGACCAGUUUCUCUUGGGCUUAUACAUGCACAUGCUACUCAUAUUUUGUGGCCUCCUAAUAGAUGGCAAAAAUUAAGUCCUCUUCUUCCUCCAGAACGCCUACCACUACAGAGUGAAAGAGACUGACUUUGAGAAGGAGAUUAUGUAAUAAUGCAAAAAAAAAAAAUAGCAUGUCUUUUUCAGAAGAACCUUCACACACACACACAAGUAAUUAUUUAUUACUUUUUAUUGAUGAAGCUGAAUUAUAAGAUACAUUAUAAGUUGUUUUUUUAUAGUAUUCUAUUCAGUCACAAUUAUCUGUUUUGAAGCUCACAUUUAGUUUUUUAAC